GUGGUCGAAGAUGCGUCACUCGGCUUAGUACGUCCUCUCGAAACGGCAGCGACGAUGAGGCGACCACGAAGAGCUUCGUCGUGCUCGCUGGCUUCCGCGAUGGGCCAUCGUCUCGGCCCGCGCUGUGCUUUGACGCUGUUGACAUCUCCGAGAGUUUCCUGAGCUGAUAUCGGCGAAUACGUUACAAGCAUUUUUCGGGUGCAUGCUCGAAGAGUCGCACAUAAUUUCUGGAUGACAUUCGUCAGAUGGCAAGCGCGCAGUGGUACAUGAGGAGGUUCAGGACAUGGCACCAGGCCUUGACCCCUUCUGUGUCUCCGGAGAGGAGAUAAUAGACGUGGUGCCUGCAAUACUGUGCAAGGCAAUGAAGUGCCAUCCGUGUGCUAUCUUCUUGUUCAGGCUGCUGUCACUGCUAGGUUUGUGCCGUGCCGUGACCAUCCGACGCCUCAUUGUGCCACGCUGGGUGCGCAACGGAACCGACACGCCCGUGGUACUGGACUGUGAGUACGUGUACAAUGAGAACGACCUGAAGCUGGUGGUUAAGUGGUUCUUCAACGAUGGAGCAGAGCCGGUGUACCAGUGGAUACCCGAGAUGCGCGUCCGCGAGGCGUUCGGUGUUCUGCAGGGACGCCUGGAUGACACGUUCUCCGUUAGUUCGCGCGACAUGUAUUCGCAGUACCGCGCCAUCCGCAUCAUGAGGCCCACCUGGGAGCUGAGUGGCAAGUACACCUGCGUGGUCACUUCGCUCGCUGGACAGGACGCUAGGCACCAGGACAUGACUGUUUUUGUGCCCGCCAGGUCGUUCUCCUUCAACUACAGCAGUGCCGCCUCUGCCCUAGACGAGCAGGUGCGGUCACGUUCCGCGGAAAGCACCGUGAGGCUCCUGUGCGUGGCGCGGGGCACGUAUCCGAGGCCGGACCUAAAGCUCUAUCUCAUCAGGAGAGGAGCCAGGCGGGCAGCUGGUGACGUGGGCAUCCGAACCUACACGACAGCCACGAUCGAAGACGGCCUUUUCGACGUUGCCCUUCACGCCGACAUGAACGAAGGUCAGCUGUCCAUGCUGGCCGAUCUCUUCGAGUGUGUGUUGGAAAUCCCGUACAGCAACUACGUGCUGACGCGCAAGAUGAGUCUCGCACAUGAACUUACCUGGGGAGCUUACGGUACCUCUCCAGCUUCAUGCGGCCCGGUCCUGUCGCUUUACACCAUUAUCCUGAGCUUAAGCAUCUAUAUUGUUACUGCGUUACAUAGAAAUGGUAAGCUCAUGGAGCAUGACGUUCAGACGCGGCUCAAUAGGUGCAUGGAAGACAAUGGUAUGUAUCCGGACACCAUGACCGGUUUUCGACCCCGACUAUCAGCGUGCGACGUGAUGCUACAGCUCAAGGACCAAAUUAUGGACAAGCCAACGCGAGACACAAAAGUUAUCGAGGGGUUAGAUGUGACAAAAGCAUCUGACAACGUGAGGCACGUAUCGAUCUUGGAGAAUCUGAGCUCCCUGAACGUCGGAAAGCGAGUUUAUGACUACGUCAAGGACUUCCUUUCGAAGAGGACAGCCACUUUAAAAAUCGGGGAAGAAUCCAUCGAGGUCAAUAAAUUAGGCAAUAAGGGGGCACCUCAGGGCUCGGUGAUAUCACCCACCCUUUUCAAGAUUGUGAUGUUGAAACUGCCUGAACAGUUAAAGGCUAUUGAGAAUUUAAAUCACACCAUUUACGCGGACGACAUAACAUUAUGGAUGAACAAGGGCAGUGAAGGCCAAAUUGAAGGCUCUCUGCAAAUUGCCAUUGAUAAAAUCAUAGAGUACCUGGAGCCCAAAGGGCUUAAAUGCUCGGCCGAAAAGUCGGAACCACUCUUACUCAUGCCCGCCGGAAAACGGCGGCUCCACAACACGCCUGAAGUGGACAUCCACUUGUAUGUUAACGGCACAGAAUUCCCCGUGGUUGACAGUCCCCAUGACACACACUAUGCUGCUCUCCAACGAAGCACGCAUCUGGCGCUACUACAUGGCCAUCCAGGUCUCAAGCAGCAACAAGGAAUUUUCCAGGACAGCCGCAGGUCCAUAGAUCAGCUGUCCAUGUUUGAAUAA